AUGCCCACCCUCACUAUGUUCCGCACGGCUUCAUUCUUCAAUCCUAGGCCUCCUCUGGCCUCCUUUAACGUUAUAACGGCAAGUGAUGCAAUCGGUGGAUGGUCCGAUGUCAUUCAUCUACAUUCCAUGGUUUGGCACCACUUGGCUCGCCCGCUCAACGUCAGUCAACGCCAGGUGUACGCGUACUUCACGCUCCCUCGGCGCGCCGCAGCCCGCACGUCUGAUACACUUUCGAGUCCCCACAACCUCUGCACCCGCCCUGCAACGUCAACGUCAGGCCCCGGCAACGAUCGCGGGCGGCGGGCGCGCUUUCGACUUCCAGGCCAUUCCCGCUCCGGCCGCCCCAUACUCGCCCUAUCUACCCAGUUUAGCCUUGUCCCAUCCCGCCCUAUCCUGCCCCGCUUAUACCCGCUGCAGGACAAGCCAGCCUUGCAGCACCCCGCACUCCGCCCCACACCCAAGCCAAGUCAUCGACCAUCUCCCCACAGCCCCCCACCCGCACUCAACCAGGCUCGGCCGCACCUCCGCACCCCAAUCAGCGAUGAUCUAGCCCACUCAAUUAACCCCAAAUCCAACCCCACCCACUCCGCAGCCCCGCAUCCGCACCCCCGCCCUGCCCAACCACUGCCGCCGCGACCCUUCUUCCGAUCCACGAAAAAAAAACCUGCCCCGCAGUUUUUUCCCCUCGCGCCCAGCCCACCGACGCGGCGGCAUUUCAAAUUGGGGCCGCGCAUCGGCUCCGGACGAUAUUUACGCGCUGCAUGUAGGAUCGGGACCCUUGGCACCGCGCUGUUUCGAGCGCAUACGUAA